GACGAAGUCAAUCGAUUGACUUUCGUAUUAUUUUUCUUCCUUUCUUCUUCUUCACUGCCCCAAGCGACCCUCGAAUCGGCGAACUCGCCUCGCCGGAGCGUCCAGAAGACUCCAUCGCCGCUGCACGAACUCCGGUCAAAGCACGGCUCUCCGCGGGAUUCGAUAUGCGCGUACGAGAUCCGAGCGCGGAUUUCUCCUCGCUCGCUCGGAAUUGAGGAACCCAUUUCCCGGCGCAGCCAUGUCGUUCACUUCCCGUGGCGAUUUCGCCGCCCCCGGCGGGGAUCCCGGACGGAAAUGGUUCUUCUGCCACCGGUGCAGCGAGACCGUCGCCAUCGCCGUCUCCCCCUCCGCCGAGCCCCUCUGCCCUCGCUGCCACGAAGGCUUCCUCGAGGAGUGCGAAAACCCUAGCCCACCCCGGAGCCGGAGCCCUCCUUUCUUCCCCGAUCCUUUCUCCUCCUUCCUCCCUCUGCUGUUCCCAACCUCCGCCGCCACUCACACCACCGCCACGGCGGCCCCCGCCGCCACCUUCGACCUCCAGAACCCCGGCCUCUUCUCGAUCCCCUCGUCCUCCCCUUCCGGUGGAUCCGAAAAUCUGUUCGACCCGUUCGCCUUCUUGAUGAACCACCUCCAGGAUCUGCAGUCCAGCGGAGCGCAAAUUCAGUUCGUGGUCGAGAAUAGUCCCUCGGAGGGCCGCGGAGGCGGCGGGUUUCGACUUCCGGCCAAUAUUGACGACUACUUCAUGGGCCCGGGUUUGGAGCAGCUCAUCCAGCAGCUGGCGGAGAACGACCCGAACCGCCAUGGGACUCCGCCCGCAUCAAAGUCGGCGGUUGAGAACCUCCCGACCAUCAAAGUCACGGAGGAGCUGCAGAAUUCCGAGAUGAACCAGUGCGCAGUCUGCCAGGACGAUUUUGAGAAGGAUAUGGAGGUCAAGCAAAUGCCUUGCAAGCAUAUCUAUCAUGCGGAUUGCCUCCUGCCGUGGCUCGAGUUGCAUAACUCUUGCCCUGUUUGCCGGCACGAAUUGCCGACCGACGAUCCUAAUUACGAGAACCGGAGAGACGCGGCCCAGGGGAACGCGCAAGGAGGCAGCAGCGGCACCAGCAGUGGAAGAGGGGAGAACAGGUCAUUUCAGAGGAGUUUUAGCAUAACGUUGCCUUUCAGGGGUAACGACGGAUCGAACUCGGGUUCAGGUGGUGAGUGAUGUGAAAUGUGGGAGGCUUCAGGUGAAUUGUUUGAGGAAGAUUGUAAUUGAAAGAUUGUUAAUGCUCUGUCUUUCUUCUUGCUAUACAUAUACUGUUGGAUUUUUUUCUCUUACUUACUUUGGUGGUUUGUUCGUACACUUGCUUAUGUACUUCUUUUAUAAGGUACAUAUCUCUGUAAUUUUUGCUUUGAUUGGUCUCUGGUGUUCUUCUAA